AUAUCAUUCUAAGAAAAGAAUUGGAUCACAUCCACGAGUGGCAGCCCCGCUCGCCGCAGACGCCUUCCGGUCCAGGAACAAGAAAUGCUGUCGUUACCGGCCUCCGGUGUCCCGCCGCCGUCCACCUCCCCUUUCUCGUCCGCACCCGGAACAACCCUCAGACGGAGUUUGCAAAGCAGACAAUGGGCAAAUACUUUAAUUUGGAUCAGCAAUAGACAAAGGUUACUGGCUUUUGCAAAUGUAAAUGCAUCUCGAGGAAAAGGAAGUUCAAGUGGCGAAAUCAUAAUGGUUGAUCCCAUAGAAGCCAAACAGUUAGCUGCCAAACAGAUGCAAGAAAUUCAGGUUAAAGAAAAGCUCAAAAGGCGGCGUCAAGCUGAAGCAGUUAAUGGAACUUUAGCAAUGAUCGGCCUCACAGCUGGAUUGGUCGUCGAGGGCCAGACUGGAAAGGGGAUCUUAGGCCAGCUCGCUGGAUAUUGGGAUGCCAUCACAAGCUUUUUUACUCGAUAGUUCAUCACUGCUUGGAAGGAUUUGAGCUAUUUGAUACAUCAUUUGCGAGUAGAAGACAGAAAACCCAAGUCCUUGCUCAAACGAGGAUAGCAGGGCUCCACAAUCAUAUUGUUUUCAUCUUGUAAAGCUGUUCGAUGGACUCAGAAGGAUGUACAAACUUGUUUUGGUUUUGCAACAAGUGAGACUUUCUGUAUACAAGGAGAAGCUGGCAUUGCUGACCAA